GCUUGAUGUUGGUAAUUUUUAUUUUGUUCAAGUAAAUAUCAUUGAAAAUCAAUUGCUGCUUGAAAACCUGCUGCUGCUGCUGCUGUUUUAGAAUCAUCUGCUCAGAGAAUUGAAAGAGGACAUCCCCAUACAAGAUUUGGCCAACACAGGAUUUGUCGACGUUUUUUAUUUAUUAUAUGUUUAGUAGUUUUUUAAUUUUUUUAAUUUUCAAGUUUUUUUAAUUUUUAGUAGUUUUAGUUAAAAAAAGAAAAAAAAAUUAAAAAAAAAGUAGGCUAUAUUUAAAUUUGAGUAAAUUCAUUUAUUUAGGUUAUUUUCGAUUUUUUAGUUCAAGUUUUUUUUAUAUUUUUUAUUUUCGAGUUUUUUUAAUUUUUGCGUUUUUUUAAAAUAUACUUAGUAGUUUUUUUAUUUUUAGUAUCAAGGUUUUUUUAUUUUCGCGUUUUUUAAAAAUAUAUUUAGUUGUUUUUUAUUUUCGAAUUUUUCUCAGUUUUAGUAGUUUUAAUAUAAAAAAACAAAAAAAAAGUAGGUUAUACUUAGAUUUAAUUUAAUUCAGGGUUUAUUUUUAGUUGUUAUUUUAUAUUUUGUGUACUAAUUUUUUUUUAAUUUUUCAGGUUAUUAAAAAAAUAAUUAAUUUAUUAUUAAAAAUUACAUUAAUAAUAAUAAAAAAAUAUUUAAAAUAUUUAAUAGAUAUUCUGAACUUGCUACGAAAGAGAGUAUUAUAUUGCUACGAAAGAGAGUAUUGCUACAUAAGAAAGUAUUAUUGCUACAUAAGAGAGUAUUAUUGCUACAUAAGAGAGUAUUAUUGCUACAUAAGAGAGUAUUGCUACAUAAGAGAGUAUUAUUGCUACAUAAGAGAGUAUUAUUGCUACAUAAGAGAGUAUUAUUGGUACAUAAGAGAGUAUUAUUACUACAAAUUUAUUUGAGUAUUAAUUAAAAAUAUAUACAAAAUGGAUAAGAGAGUGGGCCUUGAAAAUUUUGGUUUAAAUUGUUAUUUAAAUUCCAUUAUUCAAGUUUUACAUGCAAUUAAAGAUUUUCGUAGUGAUAUAAUAAAUAGUAAAGAACAUAAUUCUUCUAUAAUUAAACAACUAGGUUUAUUAUUUAAAUCAUUAUCCACUCCUUUACGACUUGAACCUAUAUCACCAAAAAGUUUUAUAACGAGUUUAAAAAAAUCACGUAUUACUAAAGAUUUUGACUAUAUAAGACAAGAAGAUUGUUCAGAAUUUUUAUUUAAAUUAUUUGAAUUAUGUGAUGGAUAUGAAAAUUUAUGUGAAAUAAUUGAAAAAUACUUUGUGGGAGAAAUAAAAAAGUUACAUAAAUGUACAAAUUGUAAUAAGACAAUAAUAAUCAUUUAAAAAUUUAAUAAUUUACAAUUAUGUUUUUCAUCAAACGAAAAUACAAUACAAGAUAUGUUUAAUAAUUGUUUCGUACCAGAAACUUUAGAAAAUGUAAAAUGCGAUGAUGAAAAUUGCAAAGUAAAAUGUAAUAAAACAGAAACUAAAGAAUUAACACAAACACCAUUACAUUUAAUAUUAUUAUUAAAACGAUUUGAUUUAAACAAAGAAAGACAAGUUUAUAAGAUACAAGAUUAUGUAAAAUUAAAUGAAAAUAUAACAGUUAAUAAUGAAAGUUAUGGAUUACAUAGUGUUAUUAUACAUAAAGGUGAAGAUAUUGAAUUUGGACAUUAUUAUACAUAUAAUAAAGAUAUAUCUAAAAAUGAAUGGUAUAAAUAUGAUGAUAAAAAAGUAAUAAAUGUAAAAUUUAAUGUAAUUGAAAAUUUAAAAUCACCAGAUACACCAUAUAUGGUAUUAUAUAAAAAAAAAGAUAAUAAUAAUAAUAAUAAUUUAAAUAAAAAAAAUGAACAAUUAAAAAUCAGUCCAAUUAAAGUUACAAAUAAAUUAGAUAUUCAUAAUAAUACUGUAACUAAAAAAACUAAAAUAAUUUCCAAUGUAAUUUUAAGUAAAAAAAAAAUUGCUAAUAAAAUUGAUUUAAAUUUAAAUAAUGAUGAUAAAUCCAUAGGUAAAUGUAAAACAUGGAUAAAUUUUAUAAUAAAAUUAUGAAUACAAAUUAUAAAGAAUUUCAUCCACUUAAAAGAAUAUUCGAAAUCAUCUUUUAAAAGAUUAAUAUUAAAAUUAAAAACAGAAGCUUUUGGUGAAG